UUUUGAUGCAGGGUUAUUUGUAUUCAUCAGGCUCUCUGAUGCACAAGAGUCCAUAUUUAUUUCUCGAAUACCGUGAAAUGAUUAGCUGCAGCUGCAGAUUUUGCAUUUAUUUUUAUAUACAUAAUUGUUGUACUCCAGUUUCUGCUCAGGUUAUUACACGUACAUCCUCAAUCACAAGUGAACAAAGGUAGUAAUGUGCCACCUACUUUGUAGCACGUCACUCAGUCAGCCCUCAUUUGUUUUCAGUUGCAAAAAAGGUUAAGUAUUUGGAUAAGAAUAUAUACUAUUGCAACCAUCUUCUUCACCAUCACCAUCACCAGAUAUUAUUAGUCCUUUUUUUUAUAUUUGUUGGAUUAAAAUGUUGGCCGUUUUCGAGAAAUCCAUCGGUAAGCCACCGAUAGAACUGAGUCUUCCGGCGGUGGGGAGGAAGUGUCUGAACGGCUCUCCGGAAGAAAUCGCAGAAACCUUCCGUUCAUGGAGAUCGGAUUCAACUUUCUACUGCCUCUCCGACUCCAACUUCUUGGCUCUGUCUCAUGAAGGUGAAAAUCCAGUAUAUCCGAGAAGUAUAGUAGUGAUGGAUGAUAUAUUCUGCAUAUUCUCCGGUGCACUGUACAACACUUGUGAGCUGAGAAGGCACUACGGUCUAUCAAGACAAGCCACAGAAGCCAUGAUCGUAAUCGAGGCUUAUAGAGUUUUACGCGACCGUGCACCCUAUCCGCCCGACCAGGUCGUCAAAGAACUCGAAGGAAAAUUCUCGUUUAUCCUCUUCGAUUCCAAAGCCUCAACACUUUUCCUCUCCAGGGACCGUGACGGAUCGGUGCAACUUCACUGGGGAAUUGCAGAUGAUGGUUCUUUAGUAUGCACUGAUGACCCAAAUGUCAUAUCUGAAGCUUGUGGGAAAUGCUACACCCCUUUUCCUCCUGGGUGCAUUUUUAUUGGAGGGGAGAGGCUAAUGAGUUUUGAUCAUCCUAUGCAUAAGGUGAGAGGAAUAGCUCAAGAGGAUGAUGAAGGAAAUAUAAGUGGUGUUGUUUUUCAAGUUGACCUGUUGACCAGAUUUCACAGCAUACCUCGAACUGAUAGUGCUGCUAAUUGGGCUAAUGCUACUACUCUAAUUGAAGGAGACUAAUUAUUUAUGUGCUUUUGCCUU